UACCAAUUAUUAGCAUUACUAGUAUGACUUUAGAAAUGAUGGCACGGAAGGGUGGGUGAAAACAUACUGCAACAAUGUAAUGGUAGAAGAGGAAAGUCCAGGCCUCAAACUUGUUCUUGUUUCUUCCAGAUUAAAGAAUGCCUCAUCGGUUAUAUCCGCGGCUCAGAGUGAUGUACUCUGUAUACACUACAAAUUUGACUCAUGUUCAACCCAGUCUAUUCUUGACAUGAUAGAAGAGCGGGCAGCAGAGAAGCAGUUCACGUCACUAGGACUCGUAAUGCACUCCCAAGGAGGAGGGUUAGUGAUAUGUGGCGGAAAGGACAGGGAGAAGAUACUGACAGCUAAUAAAGUGGAGUCAGGGGACAAUGAGGAGUGGCAACUCUUCUCUACUCUUAUCUCUAAAUAUAUCAGUUCGGGUGGCAGGCUGGAUAUAAUCGCCACCUCGCUGGUGAAGCACCAAGAAGGAAUAGCUCUGCUUGACAAAAUAAAACAGUCGCUUCCCAUAAACGUUCAGGGCUGGCCUUCUUUUGUUGAAGACGAAAAUGGAAUAUUGAAUGCUAUGUAUUUUGAUCCACUGAAACUUCAACAUGAGACGGGUACUAGACUGUUCCAGCCAACACUAGCUGAAUUUGAGAAGAUACGCACAGUUGGAAAGGGAGCGUAUGGAGCAGCAGUUCUGUACAGAAAGAAGGAUGAUGACUCUCUCGUCAUCCUCAAGGAAAUCAACAUGCAUGACCUGAGCUACACUGAGCGACAACUAGCGCUAAACGAGGUAAAAGUGUUGGGAAUGCUCCAUCACCCCAACAUAAUAGCUUACUAUGAUAGUUUUGAGGAGGAUGGACUUCUCAUGAUCGAGAUGGAGUACGCCGAUGGAGGGACCCUAGCCCAGUAUCUAGCCACCCAGGAGGACGAUAUUCCCGAAGACCACAUACUGACCAUGUUUAGACAGAUGUUAGAGGCGUGUAAACAUCUGCACGAUCACAAUAUCCUGCACAGGGAUUUAAAGGCAGCCAACAUAUUCCUCACUAAAAACGGGAUGAUAAAGCUAGGAGACUUUGGAAUAUCCAAGAUACUGGAAACAAAAGGAGCCUCGACAGUCCUGGGUACACCCUACUACAUCUCCCCGGAGAUGUGCGAAGGUAAGCAGUACGGUCCUAAGAGUGAUGUCUGGGCUCUGGGUUGCAUUCUUUACGAGAUGGCAAACAGAGAGAAAGCUUUUGAAGGUUCUAACUUACCAGCUCUUGUAAAUAAAAUCAUCAAGGGUCACUACAAGCCAGUUAACAGUACUUACAGCUCUCACUUACGGGAAAUAGUGGACGUGUUACUGACGACUGACCCAGACAAGAGACCUGGAGUUGAUAUAGUCCUUAACCAGGUAUUAGGACUGGUGCAGUUCUACCAGCACCGAGAAAGAGCAGCAGAGAACAGACAGCAAGUGGUGAGGAGUAUGAUCUACUUCCUGGACACUUCACUGCUCACCCUCUGUCCUAUUGACCUCCCUCUCACCUGUAUCAUCAGAACAGUGAGCGUUGGUAAGAGUCACAUAGUAGCAACUACAGAGCUUCACUCUACAUACAGCUGGGGAGAAGGAGGGUCUGGACAGCUUGGUCAUGAUAACACUUUAUCUACUCAUACCCCCACAUGCAUAGACGCGUUACAAGGAAAGUUCGUCACAUCCGUAGCAUGCGGAGACAACUUCACCCUCUUCGUAACAGACAACGGUCUCCUCAUGUCCUGCGGAUCCGCGGCUUCUAAGUGUCUCGGCCAGACAGAUCAAACGGAGGACGUGCUGAAGCCCAAGUUAUGUGAAACACUGUUAUCUACUGACGUGGUGGCGGUGGCUUGUGGGCCUGAACACGCUGCUCUCACCACUAAGAGUGGGGCUGCGUUUACCUGGGGAUGUGGGACAAGUGGGAGACUUGGCCAUGGGACUAACAUUGACAGGGAGCUGCCUACACCAGUACAGUUUAACGAGGAAUCAGUCUCGGUACAGAGAGUACGAUGUGGUUCUGACGGUACCAUGUUCCUUACUGAGGACGGUACAUUGUACGCUUGUGGCAGUAACCGAUACAACAAGUUGGGACUGAACAAAAGAAAAGGAUUCCUUCUCACCAUGAAAGCUAUCUUUUACAACAACAGCGAAGAGACUGAAGUAAGCAGUGUUGCAGUACCCACAGCAGUGAAACUGAUUGGUAACAAGCGGUGUGUAGAAGUAUCACUAGGACCAAACCACUCAGCAGUUGUGGUAGAUACCGGCCAGAUAUACACAUUCGGCCAGAACAAGGACGGACAGUUGGGAGUUAGCACCAGACACAACACUGAUGCGCUGGUUCUGGUCAACAGCAUGGUCCAUCACAGAGCUAAGUUUGUUGCAUGUUGUGCAGGGUACACAGUAGCGGUGACUGAUACGGACUCUAUAUUCCUGUGGGGUACGCCCCCUCCCACCAACCUCAAUGAGUUGUCGUUAAGGGGCGUGGCUGUUACUGACUCCGAGGAAUCUGAUUUCGAAAUGCAAACUCCAGCAUUAGCCAGCGGCAAAUCAAAGAAGAAAGCCCAAUCAGCACUUAUCCCAGCACACUCCGCCCACAAAGCGGCACUCCCCAAAUCCAUGUCAGAUCCCGACAUACACGCCUCCUUCACCCCAAAAAGUGGUAAAAACAGCAGAUUAAGAAAGACAGCAUCAGAUAGGAACGCAACACUGGAAACUAAUGAUAUGAGGAUUAAUCCUCUGGAGAUAUCUCUGACAGACGCAGCACGGCGGGCCAGUGCCAGCGGGAAUCCUGGACUCAACCGCAUCAAACGGUUGAUCAGCUGCAACCACUCGUUAAUGAUACAAGUCAGUACUAAUGCACCUCAAAAGAAGAAACGAAAGCACACCGGAAGACAUGUGGCCUCUUCAGAAGACAACAUGGCCAGCUCAGAAAGGUCUGAAUCAGCAAACCACGAGAGAAGUUCAAUCCUGUCUCCAGAAACCAGAUCAUGUGUUGCCUCAGCCACCAAGUUAGAAGACACCCAAGAGGACGAGGAACUGAGAACGUGGCUCCGACUCGAACUUGAGGAUGGUGUAUUAGUGACACCGACUCAAAAAUUACCCCAGGAGAAAGUUGAGGGGAGGCAAAGUGAUUUGGAGACAAGUGGGGGGAUUCCUUCAUCUAAUGUUGACAGUGCUAAAAGUGGUAGUAAAGACAGUGGGUUUGAGACAACACAGCGACCCAAACAGAGCACAUCCACUGAACCAAGGAAAAGAGAACUUACUGACUCAGACUUCCCAACGGCAGCUCCAAUACAAAGCAAGUUAACCUCGGCAGAAAAGGAACGCACCACCAAACGGCGACUACGUAAGAAGAUAAACGCAGCAGUAACCGAGAUAGAGACUACAGAUAGUGAAGACGAACUGCAACUCUCAGCUUCCCGCCCCUCCCGGUACCGGUUAACUUCACAGGCAAGGAGAGGUGAACCUUACAAAGACAAGUUUUCUCUCAACUGGAAAGAUGUGAGACCGAAUAAAGCGUCGGAGUUGAGGGCGACCAAGAACCCUUCAAACAUUGCUAACUUCAAGAUGCGCUCUCCCUACAGGGGUCCGAGUACUAUGACGUCAUUUUCUCGAGAGUUAGAGUGCGUCCAGGAGAAGGCAGAGUUGCUGCAGGAGAAACUAGCUAAGUUGGAGGAGAGACACGCCAAACAGACGGACGAACUUGAGAACUUUAAGGGGAGUAAAACCCACCUGGAGGAUAUGUUUGUGACAAGAUGGCAGUCUUUGGAGAAGGAGAAACAACAGACGGAUUCCGAGCUGGAGAAAUACCGGAAACUUCUAGAAGAAGAACGGAACAGCGCCACCCGUGUACAAGGCCAGCUGGAGAGCGAGGUAAAGAUCCUGCAACACCAGCUAGAGAACCAAAAACAACAGAUCUCCAACCAGAACAGUGUUAUGUUCGAGUUGCAGCACGUUAUAUCCAGUAUACAACAGAGACAAGAUCAGGAGUUUAACAAGAAGAGCAAAGUUUGCAGCAUUCAGUGAGGAAAAUGUUUCCUUGUGUUCACUUUCUCAACGAGGAAGGCGUUUUUUUGUGAUCAAAGUUUUUUAAAUGAGCCGGAUUCUUUAAUGGACUCAGCUGCGUUCCCUGCUGAGCGGGCUGGACGUCGAUGAAAUUAUAUUGUAAUGGUUUCGAGAUUGGUAACUGUGUAACCUUGGUUACUGUGAGAUCCUUGGUAACUGUGUAACCUUGGUAACUGUGAAAUCCUACAUAAAUUCAGCAAUCCUAUUAUGAUGCUGUUCAGCUACAAUCUACAAUACCACUUUCAUGUCAAUGAAAGUGAAGGUAAAUAAAAUUGUAUGUGACCCUAUUAAUUAUUGUUGUAAAUUUAAGAGGUUUUGACCUUAUCAUAAUGACCUAAUUACUUGUGAUGUAUUUAUGAUUAUAAAGCACUGAUAUGUUGCAUGAUCUGCUUCAGUAUAAUUGCACUGUGUUUUGGUCACGUACAAAGCUGCUUCAAUAAAACUUAACCAACGUUUGAAUUUGGAUGAAAUAUUAAAAGUAACGUUAAGAGUUACAAGAUAGGAUGUUCUGAUAGAAUUGUAUAAUAUAUCAAACAUUUAUAUUAUUUAUGGUACUUUUCUAGCAAUGAUGCAUCGAAGAUUAAUUGGUUUUACAUAUUAUGUGCUAAGAUUUAUUCUCUUUCUAACAAACGUCUGAAAUGCACAAACAUGUCAUAAGUCAUUUAUACGGCAGUGAUUUCUAAAGUUAUAAAUACUUGUACUAUAUAUUGUUGAAACUUUAAUAAAUGUGGUUAAAGUCUCUAGAUGCUUUAUGUUAAAAGAUUUACUAAUAACAAACAUGAAACGUGAAAUUCGUGCAGAAUGUCACAGGAGUUUUUAAAAGUUUUAGGUUCUUGUAGUUGUGAGUUGGUUAAAUAUGUUUAAAUAUGUUAAAUAUGUUUAUUAACUGUUAACAAUUCUAUAUAAAGAAAGUUUUUCAUGAUUUGUAAUGUUAUAUAUUAUCUGAACACCUUUGCAAGUUUGAUAUCAUAUUCAAAACAUUUUCAUUUAAUCUACAAAGCUGUCAGUGGUAAAGAAAUAAUCUGCUUACUAUACAGAAGAGCUCAUAAGAUAAAAUCAGAAAUAUAUACGCUUGUAAAUUUGUAGAUUUUGUUUUUAAGAAACGAAAAUUUUUUAUUUCAUUGA